CUGAGCAGGCUCCUGUGCCUGCCCUGCCUCGCUUAUCGCCCUCCUUUGUUGGUUUUCUCCCUCCUUUCCAGAUAAAGAAGCCCGCGCACCGUCGGCGGGGAUGCCGGUGAAGCCAGCGGGCCGCCUCCCCCUCAGUGCCGGCGCAGGACCAGCGGCUGACUGACCGGGAGCUGGAAUGAUUCCCGCUGCGGGCGAUGCCCAGCCCUGCCCGCCCUGCCCCUAGCCCGGCUUCCCAGGGCUGACACCCCCGCUUUCCUCCCGCCGGGAGAGCAGUGCCACCGAGCAUGCCGCACAAAGCCCCUCUGCAGCCGAAGCCCAGGGCAGCUUUCCAGUGAGUCCAGCUCCUUAAAAGCCACAGUUGCCUCUUCCCAGCCCAGGCGUUGGGAAGCGCCUCCAAGAGCGAAUUUCGCUGCUGUGCCCAGCGGGUGUCGAGGUCCCGGAGUGCGGGCUGGAGGAGGGGGCUGCCAUGGAAGAGAAUGUGUUCAGCGUGCAGCAGAUCCAGCCCAACGUCAUCUCGGUGAGGCUCUUCAAGCGCAAGGUGGGCGGCCUCGGCUUCCUGGUGAAGGAGCGCGUCAGCAAACCGCCCGUCAUCAUCUCCGACCUGAUCCGGGGCGGGGCCGCCGAGCAGAGUGGCCUCAUCCAGGCUGGGGACAUCAUUUUAGCCGUCAAUGGCAGGCCCCUGGUGGACAUGAGCUAUGAGACGGCGCUGGAGAUCCUGAGGAGCAUCGCCUCCGAGACCUACGUGGUGCUCAUCCUGCGCGGCCCCGAGGGCUUCACCACCCACCUGGAGACCACCUUCACCGGGGACGGGACGCCCAAAACCGUCCGUGUCACCAGACCCCUGUGCCCGCCUCCCAAGGCGGUUGACUUGUCCAACCCAAGCGUUCCCAGCAAAGAGCAGCCCCAGGCAGCAGCCAUGGGAUCCCUGUGGAGCAGGGAAAUCGGCAAGGAGGUGGAGCCCAUGGUCCACGUUAACGGUGUUGUUCCCGGCGGCAAAGAGGCCGGCAAGGGCAAGGACGGGGCUUGUGGCCACUCGUGCCUCAACGGUGGUGUGGAAGACAAUGAGCUGCUCAAAGAAAUCGAGCCCGUGCUGGACCUGCUGAAGAGCAGCAGUAAGGACAGCAGCGGAGAUGCGCCCUCCAAGGUAGAGACACGGGAUAUAGAAGUCCAGGUGGACUGUUUCAGGGAAGGGGAGAACAACCCCCAGAAAGCUUUGCCAGCUGGGAUGGAGAAGGAGCGUGUCGUGGGGGAGCUGUGGGGGAAGAGCAGCGUCCCCGUGGUCCCGAACAACCCCUGCUCCGAAGCACAGCAGCCGCCGCCAUCCGGGCGCCAGUCCCCGACCAAGAACCCCCUCAACGGGAGCCCUUCCAAAUGCCCCCGGUUCGUGAAAAUCAAGAACUGGGAGACGGGCUCCGUGCUCCACGACACCCUGCACCUCAAGACUGCCAUGGCCACAGCGUGCACCGAGCAGAUCUGCAUGGGCUCCGUGAUGACCCCCAGCCCCCACGUCCGCAAGGCAGAGGACACCAGGACCAAGCAGGAGGUGCUGCUGCUGGCCAAGGACUUCAUUGACCAGUACUACUCCUCCAUAAAGAGAUCCGGCUCCAAGGCCCACAUGGAGCGGCUGGAGGAGGUGACCAAGGAGAUUGAGGCCACUGACACCUACCAGCUGCGGGACACGGAGCUGAUCUACGGGGCCAAGCACGCCUGGAGGAACGCGGCGCGGUGCGUGGGCAGGAUCCAGUGGUCCAAGCUGCAGGUGUUCGAUGCCAGGGACUGCACCACGGCCCAUGGGAUGUUCAAUUACAUCUGCAACCACAUCAAGUACGCCACCAACAAGGGCAACCUCAGAUCUGCCAUCACCAUCUUCCCGCAGCGCACGGACAGCAAGCACGACUUCCGCAUCUGGAACGCGCAGCUGAUCCGCUACGCCGGCUACAAGCAGCCCGACGGCUCCGUGCUGGGGGAUCCCGCCAACGUGGAGCUCACCGAGAUCUGCAUCCAGCAAGGCUGGAAGGCUCCGUACGGGCGCUUCGAUAUCCUGCCCCUGCUGCUCCAGGCCAACGGCAACGACCCCGAGCUCUUCGAGAUCCCACCAGAGCUCGUGCUGGAAGUGCCCAUCCGGCACCCCAAGUUUGAGUGGUUUAAGGACCUGGGCCUGAAGUGGUACGGGCUGCCAGCCGUUUCCAACAUGCUCCUGGAGAUUGGGGGCCUGGAGUUCUCCGCCUGCCCCUUCAGUGGGUGGUACAUGGGCACGGAGAUCGGCGUGCGCGACUACUGCGACAACUCCCGCUACAACAUCCUGGAGCAAGUGGCCAAGAAAAUGAACCUGGAUAUGAGGAAAACUUCCUCGCUGUGGAAGGACCAGGCCCUGGUGGAGAUCAACAUCGCUGUGCUCUACAGCUUCCAGAGUGACAAGGUGACCAUCGUGGAUCACCACUCUGCCACCGAGUCGUUCAUCAAGCACAUGGAGAACGAGUACCGCUGCCGGGGGGGCUGUCCCGCCGACUGGGUCUGGAUCGUCCCCCCCAUGUCGGGCAGCAUCACCCCCGUGUUCCACCAGGAGAUGCUCAACUACCGCCUGACGCCCUCCUUCGAGUACCAGCCCGACCCCUGGAACACCCACGUGUGGAAAGGGGUCAAUGGGACGCCCACCAAGAAGAGAGCCAUCGGCUUUAAGAAGCUGGCAAAGGCUGUGAAGUUCUCAGCCAAGCUGAUGGGCCAGGCCAUGGCCAAGAGGGUCAAGGCCACCAUCCUGUAUGCCACAGAGACGGGCAAGUCCCAGGUCUAUGCAAAGACUCUGUGUGAGAUCUUCAAGCACGCCUUUGAUGCCAAGGUGAUGUCCAUGGACGAGUAUGACAUCGUGCACCUGGAGCACGAAACCAUGGUCCUGGUGGUGACCAGCACCUUUGGCAACGGGGACCCCCCUGAGAACGGAGAGAAAUUUGGCUGUGCAUUAAUGGAGAUGAAGAAUCCCAACUCCAACCUGGAGGAGAGGAAGAGCUACAAGGUGCGGUUCAACAGUGUCUCCUCCUACUCGGACGCACGGAAAUCCUCCAGCGACGGCCCCGACUCCAGGGACAACUUCGAGAGCACGGGGCCCCUGGCCAACGUCAGGUUCUCGGUGUUCGGGCUGGGCUCCCGGGCGUACCCCCACUUCUGCGCCUUCGCCCGCGCCGUGGACACGCUGCUGGAGGAGCUGGGCGGAGAGAGGAUCCUCCGCAUGGGGGAGGGCGAUGAGCUCUGCGGCCAGGAGGAAUCCUUCAGGACCUGGGCCAAGAAGGUCUUCAAGGCAGCGUGUGACGUGUUCUGCGUGGGGGACGACGUCAACAUCGAGAAAGCCAACAACUCCCUGAUCAGCAACGACCGCAGCUGGAAGAGGAGCAAAUUCCGCCUCACCUACGUGGCCGAGGCCCCAGAGCUCACACAAGGACUUUACAGCAUCCACAAAAAACGUGUCUAUGCAGCCCGGCUCCUCACACGCCAGAACCUGCAGAGCCCCAAGUCCAGCCGCCUGACGAUUUUCCUGCGCCUGCACACCAACGGGCACCAGGGGCUGCAGUACCUGCCCGGGGACCACCUGGGGGUGUUCCCAGGGAACCACGAGGACUUGGUCAAUGCCCUCAUAGACAGGCUUGAGGAUGCCCCUCCAACCAACCAGCUGGUGAAGGUGGAGCUGCUGGAGGAGAGGAACACGGCUCUAGGUGUCAUCAGCAACUGGACAGACGAGAACCGUGUCCCACCCUGCACCAUCUUCCAGGCCUUCAAGUACUACCUGGACAUCACCACCCCUCCCACCCCGCUGCUGCUGCAGCAGUUCGCUCUGCUGGCCACCAGUGACAAGGAGAAGAAACGUCUGCAGGUCCUGAGCAAGGGCUUGCAGGAGUACGAGGAGUGGAAGUGGUCCAAGAACCCCACGAUUGUGGAGGUGCUGGAGGAGUUCCCCUCGGUGCAGAUGCCCUCCACGCUGCUGCUCACCCAGCUGCCCCUCCUGCAGCCUCGCUACUACUCCAUCAGCUCGUCCCCGGAGAUGUACCCGGGAGAGGUGCACCUCACCGUGGCUGUGGUGUCCUACCGCACCCGAGACGGAGAGGGACCGAUCCACCACGGAGUGUGCUCCUCGUGGCUCAGCCGCAUCCAGACGGAUGAAGUGGUGCCCUGCUUCGUACGAGGCGCCCCGGGGUUCCACCUGCCGCAGGACCCGCAGGUGCCCUGCAUCCUCAUCGGGCCCGGCACCGGCAUCGCGCCCUUCCGCAGCUUCUGGCAGCAGCGCCUCUUCGACAUCCAGCACAAAGGGCUGAAGCCGUGCCCCAUGGUGCUGGUGUUCGGCUGCCGGCAGUCCAGGAUCGACCACAUCUACAAGGAGGAGACGCUGUUUGCCAAAAGCCAGGGGGUCUUCAGAGAGCUCUACACGGCCUAUUCCCGGGAACCCGACAAACCAAAGAAAUACGUGCAGGACGUGCUGCAGGAGCAGCUGGCCCAGACGGUGUUCACAGCGCUGCAGGAGCAGGGAGGCCACAUCUACGUGUGCGGGGAUGUCACCAUGGCCGGGGACGUGCUCAAGGCCGUGCAGCGCAUCCUGAGACAGCAGGGCCAGCUGUCGGCAGAGCAGGCAGGAGCCUUCCUCAGCAAGCUGCGGGAUGACAGCCGGUACCACGAGGACAUUUUUGGAGUCACCCUGCGCACGUACGAGGUGACAAACCGCCUUAGAUCCGAGUCCAUCGCCUUCAUCGAGGAGAGCAAGAAAGACACGGAUGAGUGA